CUAACGGACAGCGAUGGUGGUUGGAACGGGCUCGCACUAGUGUGGCGGGCGCGCAACAAAACGCUCGCUUGUACAUGUACACAGCUGACCUUAUUUAUCCAAUUUGAUCUUGAACGAGAGGUCGAUAAACCUUUAUUGCAUAGUGUGAACAUACUUCCAAGCCAUCCAGUCGAACUGGAAAUUGGUUUUAGUUUGUUUGUUUUUAUGGAACGCUCAAAAUGGUGGAAGUCAAAAUAACUGAUGACAUUAGAAUUGGCGGCAAUAAUCCGUGUUUUAUAAUAGCGGAAGCGGGACAGAAUCACCAAGGUGACAUCGAGAUCGCAAAAAAAUUAAUAAAAGCUGCUAAGGAAGCUGGAGCCAGCUGCGUGAAGUUUCAAAAGACAUGUCUCGGCGAGAAAUUUACAAAAAAAUAUCUAGAAAGGCCUUACGACAACCCAAACUCGUGGGGAAAGACUUAUGGAGAACACAAAAGUCAUUUGGAAUUCUCCGAUACACAAUACAGAGAAUUGUUUAGAUACGCUCAGGAGGUCGGGAUUUUAUUCACCGCCUCUGCCAUGGACAUGGUAUCUUUUGACUUUCUGGUUAACCUAAAAGUACCAUUCAUAAAAAUCGGCUCAGGGGACUCGAACAACUUGCUCUUUCUAAAGUACGCUGCUUCGAAAAAGAUUCCUUUAAUUAUAUCAACGGGGAUGGUCGACAAAACUGCCGUAAAGACAAUUUACGAUAUCAUUUCCUCGGACCACAAGCAGUUCUGUUUGCUUCAUUGCAUAUCGGCGUAUCCGGUGCCAUUUGAAGACUGCAAUCUGACUGUUUUACAAGACUAUAAGAAUACUUUUGACGUUCCCGUCGGAUACUCCGGUCAAGAGCUUGGCACCGCAGUCGCACUGGGUGCGGUUGCUUUGGGCGCAAAGGUGCUAGAAAAACAUAUAACUCUGGAUAAAAGCAUGAAGGGAACUGACCACGUUUGUUCAUUAACUCCGUCCGAGUUUCAGCAACUGGUUCGCGACGUGCGCGUCAUCGAAGCCUCACUUGGAACUCCCAUUAAAAAAGUAGUGACAUCAGAAAUACCAUGCAUCGACAAAUUGCAAAAAUCUCUAGUGAUGGGCUCAACUAAAAAUAAAGGUGAGAUAUUAUAUCCGGGUGACGUGAAGAUCAAGGUCGCGGAACCAAAAGGCCUGAACGCGCUUCACUUGGAAGACGUUAUAUACAAAACUCUAGUAUACGAUAAGAAAGAAGAUGAACCCCUCAACGAAGGUGAUUUCUGUUAAAGAAGCCAUUAUUUCUUAUAUUACUAUACAAUAAAUAUAGAUAUAUGAGUUUAUUGCGACAUAGAGCGCUGAUUCCAGACUCUGCUCAAAAUAAUUGCACAAUAAAUGAUAGUUGGUAGAUUGUUAGCUAUGUAAAUAUUACGAAAAUUAUUAAAAAACAUUUUACUAAUAAUAUACUUUUGAAUAGCGCAUAAUAUAUAUUAUAAGUUACAAAAAAAUAUGUUAAAAAAAAUUUAUGAUUAAAAUUUAAGAUAGCAUGUACGGAAUAUACACAAAUAAAUGGACAUUUGUCAUUGUAAAUGUGGUAAUAAAUUAUUUUAU